CUGCUUGGGGGCUCUGUGGCUGCUGAGCUGAACGUCACGGUGCAACACGACGCCACGUACGCGAUGGAUCUGACGCGGGGACCGGUAUGCUCGGGUGUGGGCGAUCUACCGACUGGGGCUGCGUGUCCGCUCCAGGGCGACGUCGCCAUCGCCGACUGCCACGACCGGUUAGCGACGUUUAACGGCACCGACUGCGUGGCUCGUGCGAACGCCGUGUGUGUCAUCGAUGCUGAAUCCAAGUGGGGCUGCGUCUUCCCAGUUGAUGGC